AUGACAACCCUCCGCACCGCCCUCACCCUCUCAAAACAAACCGUACAAAACGCAAUUCCACCUGGGACUUCAACACUAAUUGGUGCGCCCCCCUUCCCUCCCAAACCCCCAAACUCCCCUCUCUCAAACUUCCUCUCCCAAAUCCCAACCCCAACCACCUUACUAACGCCGCAGUAUGUACCCACAGAUCAUCUCGAACAAACCGCCUCGCAAAUCCCGCAAAACGAGAUACGCCUGGUACCGCAACCCACGACCGACCCCGCGGAUCCGCUGAACCUACCCGUUUGGAGGAAAUUGGCGAUGCUGGGCGUUUUGUCCUUGCAUCCGUUUGUUGUAAAUGUGACGAGUGCGUCCAUGUCGAGUGCGCUGCCGAUUUAUGCAGCAACACCCGUGUUUGGGACACCACCAGUGGGCUUUGCUAAAUUGACAAAUCUGAUUGCUGUCAAUGUGUUGAUGGUGGGUGCGGCUAAUAUCUGGUGGGUUCCGCUGGCCAACACAUUUGGUCGGCGUCCUGUGAUUCUGGGGAGUUUGCUGCUGCUUGUGCUGUCGAGCAUGUGGGCUGGGCUGGCUACGAGCUUUGAGAGCUUGCUGGUGGCGCGGCUGUUUAUGGGGAUUGGAGGGGCGCCUGCUGAUGCGGUUUCGCCGGAUGUGGUGGGCGAGAUCUUCUUUGUGCAUCAGCGUGGUCGUGCCAUGUUUUGGAUCAUGCAGGCAUUAUACACGGUCUUUCUAUCGCUUGGAUCGACAGUCGGUGGUGUUGCAGGUGGCUACAUUGUCGAUUCCAUGGGCCUCGCCUGGCUCCACUGGAUGAACGUGCUCCUCUCCGCCAUCACCUUCGCGCUCUGCCUCGUCUUCCAAGCUGAGACGCUCUACGACCGCCCCCAAGCAACCAUUUCCAUGUCCGAGGACGGCGAAAAGUCUGGCUUCCACAACAAAGAAGCUGCUGUUGUCGUUGCAAACUCUGCGCCCGCCUCGUACCCAGCGUACUCGUACAUGCGCUCUCUGAAACUCAUCUCGUACCGUCCUGGUAUUGCAAAGAAGUUUGCGGCGCCAUACAAGGUCAUGAGACUUCCGGGUGUGUGGCUUGUGUCCGGAUGGUAUGCGGGUUUGGUCGGUCUCAUCGUCACCAUGAGCACCAUCGGGCCUCAACUGGUUGCCGCCCCGCCUUACCUCUGGGGCAAAGACGUUGGUCUCAUCAACAUUGGCGGUAUCAUCGGUGCUAUCCUUGGCGGUGUCUACACAUACUUCAUCUCAGACUUUACAACCCAACGCCUCGCAACAAAAAAUAUUCACGGCUUCACAGAGCCCGAAUCCCGACUCGUCACCGCUCUGCCUGCCCUCUUCAUUGCCACAGCGGGCGCCCUUGUCUUCGGCUUUGCUGCGCAGAACCCCUCUUCCACCGGCUGGGUCGGCCUGCAAUUCGGUCUGGGCAUGGUAUCUGUUGGGCUCAUGCAGGCACCCAGUGUAGGCUUCAACUACCUGAUUGAGUCGUACAGCUCCGUGGCUGGAGACUGCUUUGUGGCUGUUACGUUUGUGCGAUCGAUUGUGUCUUUUGCAUGGACGUUUUUCGUGAGUGAUUGGGUAAAGAAGGCGGGUCCGGCUGAACCGUUUGGCAUUUUUGGUAUGCUGAUGGGGGCUUUCGGUCUGGCUACGAUUCCUAUGAUCAUUUGGGGGAAACGCAUGAGGAUUUGGACGGCCAAGUGGGUGCCGGAGGGAAGUGCAAUGUAA